CUCCUCCCCCUCCAUUGAUCCUCCUUCUCGCCUUCUUUUUCUUUAAAGAAAACUCUCUGGGUCUUAUUUGUUAUGCAGAAAGAUCACUUCUUUAACGGCGGCGGAGCUCCUCCGCCGCCACCUUUGCAGUUUCAGUACGCUCAAUUCGCGUCGCCGUUCGCCGGCGACAUGUCGCCGGCUUACGCGGAGAACAAUGAUAAUAACGUUAAUAAUUACAAUACUGACACUUCUCGCUGCUUUACGCCGCCGGCGCCGGCUUGCGGCGGCGCCGGUGACGUGGAGAGGACGGCGGCGAAGCUUUUUUGCCUCGGUAGUCGGAGCUUUAACAGUAGAAGGGGUCAAUUUGGGGUUAAAAGCGGUGACUUGCCGUGCAGAUCUAAUGUUCAGUGCAUUGGGAAUGCAAAGCUGCCUAGAAUUUCGAGUACCCCUUCUCUCAAGCAAGCUGGAUCUCCCGUGCAAAACAAGAAUUCCAGCCCGGCCCCGCCGGAAUUGGGCCCGGGAAACAAUUCCCACCAACAAUUCUCCGUCCCCGACCAAACUCCGACUGAAUCUAAUCCCAGAAAGAGAAAACCCAUUUCAAGAAGAGCCGCCGAGGAAGAUGAUUAUGAUGCCAAGGGAACUGAAACAGAGGAUCAUUCACCUGCAAAGCGAUCCAGAUCAGCAGAAGAAGCAGGGAAUGACAACAAUGGAGUCAAAACAGAGGAACUGAACAAUACUGCUAAUAAUAACGCCAAUGCCGGAGACGGCAAGCCAAACCAGAAGCCGCCGGAGCCACCGAAGGACUAUAUACACGUCAGAGCAAGAAGGGGUCAAGCUACAGACAGCCAUAGUCUUGCAGAAAGAGUAAGGAGGGAGAAGAUUAGUGAAAGAAUGAAGCUUUUGCAAGAUCUUGUACCAGGCUGUAGUAAGGUAACUGGGAAGGCACUCAUGCUUGAUGAAAUUAUAAACUAUGUACAGUCACUACAGAGGCAAGUUGAGUUCCUAUCUAUGAAGUUAGCGACAGUGAACCCGAGGCUGGAUGUUAACAUAGACAGCCUUGCCCCGAAGGAUAUAUGUCAAUCCACUGUCUCCUUGCCCCAUUCUGUGUACCCUUUGGGUUCCUCAGCCCCGGGUUUUCGUGGUCAAGAACAGUAUCCACCUGAGCAGAUUCCUAACUUGCACACGAAUCUCGUGAAUGGGGCAGUAAGCCAAUGCCCCAUGUACCCGUUGGGUAGUUCCCCGAGCCCCAGUUUAGGAAUGCAGUUCCCUCCCGUUGAUGGAUUUGGCGAGAAUCUCAAUCAGUUUCCUCCCGUGUUUGAAGACGACUUGCAAAGCAUUGUCCACAUGGGAUUCAACCGAAUCUCUAGCAACGACACAUUAUUGCAGCCACUAAACCUUCCUCGUUCAAAUGAAAAUGACGUUUCAAUCACGGUUCUUCCACCCUCGAUAUGAAACUUCACACACGGGAGAAGAGGCUAUUGUACAUAUGAAGAGACGGUUCACCACAAUCUGUUUCGAGAUUGUUUUUCUUUGGUCGUGUUAUUUUAUCAUAAUCAGAUUUUUCUGCUGGCUCAUCAGCUGUUAGUGAUCUUUUUUCCUCCCCGCCCCGAUUUAUUUAUUAGGGUCUAAUUUAUAACCUUUAGGGAUAGAAUUAUAUAUUCUUGUGCAGAGUCUUUUAACAGCAGCAUAUGUAAGAUAUUCUUCCUAUGUAAAGCAAUGCAAGAACAGAUAUAUGUACUGUGAACUCAACUAAUGAGCUUUCAAUGCCCAUUACUGUUUCGACUGA